ACGGAAAUAGCUGUCUGCCGGCAAUAACACCACGAUGCAUACCUAUCUAGGCAAGCCCCGAAACCUAGAUCCGACCGGCUCCGGAUGUAACCUCCGGACUGGAUACAGCAUCAAUACGUCGAAACAGGUGUAUUUACAAUCAAUAAGAAUUCUCUUAUGAAUAAAUAGGUCCUUUAUUUGCUGCAUCUUAUUCGCUUUCGAUUGGCCUUUUCGCGCCAAGUCCCCAACACCACUCCGCGACUCAUCCCGAUUUCCUGAUAUCUUCGUCCAGUGACCACCAUGGCAAUAAACGCCCAGCUUUCAGAUACUGAACGAUCAUCAGAGAUGAAUAUUAAUAACGAAAACUCGUCUCCAGAAACGGAGAAAGCUACGAAACUGGACCAGGCACAGCUCAUGGCAACGCGGCCCAACGGCGGCAUCAAAGCGUGGCUUCAAGUUGUCUGCGGCUUCUUUUUGUUCUUCAAUACAUAUGGCCUUAUCAAUACGUUUGGUGUGUACCAGACGUACUACACUAGCGAACUCAAGUUCAGCCCAUCGCUCGCAUCUCUCAUCGGUGGCAUAGAGACAUUCCUUGUGCUAUUUGGUGGCGCAUUCGCAGGACCACUAUACGAUGCUGGUUAUACUCGCUUUCUUAUAACUACUGGCGCGGUGCUCAUUGUCUUUGGUACUAUGAUGCAGAGCCUAAGCUCGCAGUAUUGGCACUUUAUCUUGGCGGAAUCGCUAUGCAUCGGCCUAGGCGGCGGCAUGAUUGGUUUCUUAGCUCCAACAAUUCUUUCCACAUACUUCACCACAUUAUAUCCCUUAACAGCAGGCAUUGCUGCCUCUGGUACCGGUAUAUCAGGCAUAAUUUUGCCCGUCGUCUUCAGGGAGCUAGAACCAAGAAUUGGCUUCCCAUGGACUGUUCGAGUCAUUGGAUUUAUCUUGCUGGCCACUCUUCUUUUACCCGUGCUGUUCUUACAACCACGCAUGGUCCCUGAAACGGCAAGAAAAGCCAUUGACAAGACAGCCUUUCGGGACUGGCCAUUUGUGGUAUUCCUACUUGGUAAUUUCAUUUACCUUCUUGGUGGAUUCACUCCCUUCUUUUAUAUCCAAGUGUACGCUAUUGAGAACAACAUCACCGACGCAACGUUCAGCUUCUACAUCAUUUCGAUAAUGAACGCGACGUCGGCGGUGGCACGCAUCUUGCCCAACUUUCUCAGCCCGUAUACCGGCCCUUUUAACAUGCUCAUUAUAUCAGGCAUUCUCACAUUUGUUUUUGCAUUUGCAUUUAUUGGUGCCGAUUCCGUUGGGGCUCUAACGGUUGUGAGCGCCCUCUACGGCGGUGCAUCGGGCUUGUUCUUCGCACUGCAACCAGUGGUAGUGAUUGGCCUCAGUCCUGAUCCUAAGCUCUUUGGUACUCGAAUCGGCAUGGCAUUCGGAAUUUUGUCCUUUGCUGUGUUGGUGAGCAACCCAAUUGCUGGUGCUAUUCAGGUUUCGAGCGGAGGUUAUCUUUGGAUAUGGCUAUGGACUGGCUUAACGACGGGGGUGGGAGCCAUUAUAAUGUUGAUUGCACGAUUGAUGAAAACGGAUUGGAAGUUUGUAGUUAAAUCGUAA